AUGGUCUCGAAGAAGCGUUCCAGCGUCGCGGAGCGCGUACAGCGCUCGACGGCGACCGCUGCGGCAGCCGCGGCAGCAGCAGCAGCAGCGGCAGUGGCAGCGUCAACAAAUCCGGGCAAAAAGCGUUCCGGGAAGCAGACAAAGGCUUCCGGCGCCAGUGCUAGUGCCGGUGACGAAGCGGAGGAUAAGAAAUCCUCCGGCAAGACAGAGGUAGCAGCAACAGCACAAGGUACCUCAAGCAAAAAGUCCAGCAAGGAUUCAACGGCAGUGGGAACAGGAUCAGGUUCAGGAUCGGGCACACAAGCAACGGCCACAGAGAACAGUGGAACAACUGGAAAGGUGACCAGUUCCACCUCCACAUCGUCCUCCUCCUCCUCUGCAGCCACCACCUCAUCAGCUGCAACCACAGCCGGAGCAGUUGGUAGCAACUCAUCCGGCAGCCUAAAAUUAUCACCCGAAGAGCGACACGAGGAUGGCAAAGCGCGAGCCAUUAACAAGAUGCUCAAGAGCCUGGACAUUAAGAUCCAUGGCUUUGACAACCUGCUGCCCAGCGGUGAGGAGCGGCUCAACGAGGGCGUGCUCAAGUCCUCCAUUUCGGAGAAUGUCAAGACCAAGUCACGGGCAGCGGCAGUGAAGGUUAUAGCCAGUCUCAAUCCCGGCAAAAUGCCGGCUGUCAAGAGAGUGCGUCCCUCACCGGAGCCUCUGAAAGAGAAAGCGCCAGAAAAGUUGCCAGAGAAGCUGCCAGAAAAGCAUCCCGAUAAAGACAAGGAAAAGGGCAAACCGCCGGAACAAGAGAUAGUGGCUGCCACAACCGAAGAUUCGCAGGUCACCAAGCCACCCAAGAAAACCAUGCAACAGGCCAAGAAAUCCAAGGUGGAGGCAUCGCCAGGAGUAACAACAACAUCCACAUCUACAUUCACAACUUCUGUCACUUCCAAGCAGACAACAGCCAAGAAUCCCGUCAAGAAACCUACGCAAACCCAGGCAGAACAAUCCACCCCAACGGAGCACAAGAAGGAGGCUACCAAGUCCACCAAGUUGGGCAAGCCCAAAAAGAGCAAUCCAAGCCAGGAGUCGACUCUCGCAAAGAGCACAUCCCGCUUGCUGGACUCCAAUACGGAACCCGUGCAAAUGGAUUUGGAGGAGAUUGUGAGUACAACGCCAACGGCCACGCCAACGCCCACGGCGACAUCGACACCCACAGCCACACCUACACCAACGGCACCACCCACUCCCACGCCCACAUCCAGUGUCACUGGAACGGAGACGAAUCAAUCUGGACCACCGCCACCGCCGAAGCAACGGCCCAAGGUGAAGUACACCAAAACAUCGGCGGGUACAAAAGGUCGCAUGCAACAGGCGGCACAUCACAAAUCGCCAGCUGCCUCCUGGAGUGGAGCCAAGGACAUCUAUGACUUUAAAUCUGGAUCAGAAGAUGAAGAACCAAUCAAGAUGGUGCUGCCAGCCCUGAAGCAACUACGUGAAUUCUCCGACGAGGAUAACAAGCCGCUCAAGCAACUGGGACGCCAGGAGAAGGCCAAACAGCAGGCUACCAUCGACGAGGAGGAACCGGCAAAGGUCAAGCUGGAGGAGAAACCCGCAGUGGAAAAGGAGAAAAAGGAGGAGAAACCCAAGGUCACCGAAAAGGAGUCCGAUCCUUUGGCCAGCGAUCAGCAGCAGCAGCAGCAGCAGCAGCCACAGCAGUCCGAACCAAUAGCAACAAAGGCAGCCAGUAGUUCCACCGCUGGCAAAAAGCAGACCAAGCGAAAGGUGGCCACACCCACUCCCACGCCUACACCUGGUCGCAAGAAGAAGCCCGUGCCGAAAGGGAAGAACUCCAAUCCUUCCAAGGAACCACCAGUUAGCGAUAGCUCUUCGGAUAGCAGCUCCUCGGAGGAUGAGCGCAAACUGAGCGCCUACAGUGGCCCCAAGCGACAUCGGAUGGCCUCACUGAAUGCCCUGGCCAAGGUGCAGUGCCUCUAUGAGAAUGAAUCUCGCACGGCCCAUGAGUUGGGCCUCUCCAAAGCUACACAACAGCCGCCUCGCAUACGAACCCUGGAUGGUAGCGAUGACGAUAAUCACAAGGAUUCGCCACGUGAUGGUGACAGGGAUAAGGGAUCGGUGAGUCCACCACAUACUCCCGCCACGCCGGCAGUUAUCAGUGCUCCACCCAAGGAGGUGGAACCACGAAGGGAAUUACGCAAUGUUCCCGGUGGCAGAGGAGUUGGUAAACAUUGGGAAUUUGACAGUGACAGCGAAACGGAGGAACUGCAACUGCUGCAACCCCUGCCGCCGGUUAAGAAACGCAAGUUGCCCAAAAAGGCGCCACCCAAGAAGACAACAACCAAUGAGACGGAGGCCAAGCGAAAGAAGAAGGUCACACCAGUGGAGGAAAGUGACGAGGAGGAAGCCACCGGUAUAGCCGCUCCUGCUGUUCCGCCCAAGGAGAAGGAGAAGCCCAAGCCACCCAAGCAGUUGCCCAAAAAGCGUAAGACCGUCUUCACCGAGGAACUGAUCGGUGACUACAAGGGCAUUUUGGCCAGAAAACGUAUGGCCAGUCUAAAUGCCAGCGCAAUUGUGGCAGCCACCUACGAGGUGGAAAGGCAUCUGGAUAAGAAUCUGGCUAGUGAUUGUAGCAGCUUUGAGAGCUAUGAUGAGCUGGACACCAUGCCCACCAAGACGACGGCAACGACGACACCCAUUAAAACCGAAAUAGUUCACAUUAAAAAAGAGCCCAAGGAGCCCAAGGAGUCGAAGGAAUCGCAACGCGAAAGAGAACGCGAACGAGAGCGCCAACGUCAGCGGGAAAGGGAAAAUGAGCUCAAGGAUUCAAAGGAUGCAGCCGCCAGCAAAAUGCCCAGUAGUCAUACCAUCAUCGAGGAGAGCAAUGAUUCCAAGUAUUCAAAGGAAACGAAAGAGACCAAUACGGAUACCACUAUAACCACCACUGGCUACAGGGAUUCGGCGGCUAGUACCAAGGAUGCCAAGGAUUGUAGUCGACCCACAUCCUCGUCGGUGGUCAUUGUCCAGGAUACGGAUGUUACCAUUACUGGGGUGUAUGUGAAUGCCAGUAAUGGAGCUGCCCAAGAGGCAUAUUGCAAGAUGCAAUAUCGUGUACAGUCGAGUGUCACCGAGGAGCGUGUCCUGCGACCAGGUUCGGUGGAACCACCCAAGUCCUAUACACCGCUUAGUGCUUUGUCGAGCAUGUUGCCACCGGGUGCCAGUUCUGGACUAAGUGAGGCUCACAGUUCACCGCCACUGCCUAUUCAUGCCCCGCCCACGGGGCCCCAUGUCCUUUUACCCGGCGAACAUCAUCUGAGCGCUGGCAUGUAUCAUGCCCCAGAUCUUGGCCUGCACACGGAGCAUGGCUUACCGGAUCAUCAUGGUCCACCGCCGCCCUCUUAUGCCGCUGCAGCAGCUGCAGCCGCCGCUGCCGCCGCCUAUCAUGCCCAUCAGUUGGCGCCCGGUGGUGGUGGAGUGUUGCAUAUGCAUCAUCAGCAUCAGUAUGCCGCUCAUGCGGCGCACGCUCAUCACUAUCAGCAGGCGGCUGAGUAUGGCCAUGGUCCGCCGCCACCACCACCGCCGCAUCACUAUGGUGGCCCACCGCCACCGCCACCACCACAGGGACACUAUGGACCACCACCGCCACCCGGAGCACCCGUACCAGUGCCCGUCCCAGUACCCGUACCAGUGGCUGUGCCCGUUGUAUCCGAUCGCUGUGAUGUGGGCUCACCGCCGCCCUCAUAUCGUGCCAGUGCCUAUCCACCACCCUCCAGUGUGGGUGUGCCGCCACCCACCCUGGGCGGUGGAUCAAGCGCAUUCUGUGCACCAAGUCCACAUCAUCAUCAUCAGCAUCAGCGCCAGCAUCAGCAUCAGCAGCCCCCGCCGCAUCAUGAUCCCAGUGGUUACUAUCAGCCGGCUGGACCGCUGAUCUCGCCGCAUGUGAUUGCCGCCCCGCCACCGCCGCCGCAGGUAAAGAAGCUGCAAGAGGAGGAGACCACCUCCUCUGCUGGAUCACCCACACAGUUGCAACAGCAACAGGCAGCCGCCGAGGCCGAUCAGGCAGCUCAAGCUCAGGCACAGGCUCAGGCUCAGGCCCAGACACAGGCACACACACAGAGUCCACAGCAGGCACAGCAUCCGCCACAGCCACAGCCGUAUCCGGCCAGCGCCGUGGCGGCCGCUGCUGCUGCAGCCGCCGCCCAUCCGGGCGUGCCCUAUUCCCGCUCAAUGCACGCGGCCCAGAUCCAUUACUCGACCGCCUAUCCGCCCAACUAUUACGCGCCGUAUCCGGGCGAGGUCAUGUGCUACUCGUCGCCCACCUAUCAGCCCUAUUUCUCCAGCAAGGUCUAUCAGCCAGGGCCGCCACCGGGUCCGCCAACACAUCAUCCGCAAGGCCAUCAUCCGCAGGGACCGCCGCCACCGCCGCCGGGUGCCUAUCGUCGCUAUCCGUACUAUCAGCACGCUGGUCCGCAUCCGCCACCAGAGCUCUACGAGCAGCAGCCCCCACCGCCGCCGCCGCAGCCGCCAACCUCUGCAUCUGGUCCGCCGCCACAGCAGCAGCAACCGCCAACGAGCAGCAGUUCCGCUGCAGCUGCAGCAGCCGCAGCAGCAGCGGUCGCAGCUGGAGCACCAGCUGGCAGCCAAUUGGUACCGGCACAUCAGCAGCAGCAGCAGCAACAUCAACAGCAGCCGCAACAGCAGCAGCAUCUGGAGCAUUAUCCAGGACCGCCCAGCUACUACGCCGGGUACAGUCCCGGAGGAGGAGCGGCCGGCGGUCAGUGCUACACGCGCGGACUGCAAGGACCGUAUAUGGAAUAUCCGCCGCAGUGUCCCUGCCCCAUGCCUCAAUCGUGUCCAAAAAACGUCCAUACUGGGCCUCAUAUUGGUAGCAACAUCAGCAGCAACAACAACAAUAUCGAUCAGAUCAGCAGCAAGAACAGCAGCAGCAGCAGCAGCUGCAGCAGCAACAUGUUGCAGAGUGCCACGAGCAACUCCAACAGCAACAGCAGCAGCAGCAGCUCCAUCUUGACUGCCAGCAGCAACGCUAUGACAACAACUACAGCGUCAGCGUUGACUACCAGUAGAGGCCCAGUGAAAAAUGUCACCACCAACACAACACCAAUACCAACAUGCAGCAGCAACAGCAACAGCAACACCAUGAGCAUCAGCAACAGCAACAGCAGCAGCACCCAGACAAGCGAGACAAGCACUCGAGCAACUGCAGCAACCAAUACGACAUGCAGCACGGCAGCAACCACAGCCACCACUGGCACCCAGUGCCAGAUGCUGGUCAAGACAGAGCUCAAAGGCGAGGAUGGCCAAGAAGUGACCAAGAUACAAUAUGAGGCACAUGUCAUGCCACCGCCCACGCCGCCAGAGAGUUACUGUGCCGGCGAUGAGAAGUUGCUCGAAGAGCAGGAUCAUGAGACAGAGCUGGAGCUAAGCCUUGGCCUGGGGCUGGGGUUGGAGAAGCAGCAGCAGCAGCAGCAGCAGCACAUAGAGGCAUAUGACCUUACCUGCAGCACGCCGCCACCGGCCACAGCGACCAUACAUGCUGCAACAGUGCCACGCAAGGCAAGGAUUGGCAAGAGCAUGGCCAGAGAGAUGGUGUAUGCUGCAGCACAACAACAGCAGCAGCAGCAGCAGCAACAGCAGCAACAGCAAAAGCAUCAAAAACAACAGGAGGAGAAGCAGAAGCAGGACACGGAAGCGGAACCAGAGUUGCCUUUUGUACUUAAAGCGGAAAUCAAAGCAGAGACCAAAAUCAAAAUCGAGCACGACGGUGAGGCGGAGGCCAGCACACAUAUCAGCCAACUGCCGGACCUCAAGCCCACUAUCAAAACGGAACCCGAGCAGGAACUAGAGCCGGAAACGCAAACGCAAACGCAGCAUCAGGUGGCGUCAACGGUAACAGAAAUGGAACUAACGUCACACGCACCUGUGGCUAAAAUAGAACCAGAGCAGGAGGAGGAGCUGGAGGUGGAGGUGGAGGAGGAGCAACCCAUGCCAGGUUGCAGCAAGCAACGCAUCAACCUAUUGACCUCUUCGACUGGUAACAAGAAGACCAAAACUCAUCACAGCUACAAGAGCCUAAUCAAGCAGGCAGAGCCCAAGAAUUACCUAUGUCCGGGACGCACUUUUGUGCGUCGUCAUGGCCGGACUCCUUCCAAGUUCACCAAGCGCCGUCAGAUAGUGCUUGCGCAGCGACAGCAGCAAAGGAUACGAAUGCAGCGACGCGAACGGCAGCGGCAACGUCGUCAGCAACGCGAAGCUGAUGAGGCAGCAACUGUGGCAGCAGCAACAGCAGUUGCAACAGUGACACCAGCAGUGGAGAUGGGAACACUGCCUUCCACAUCAGCUGCGGCUACCGAAACCAUCAGCGGCAAGGAGGAGCAGCCCAGCAGCACUAAAGCAUCCACAUCCUGCGCUUCGCCCAAGAGGGCACGUCCCCGCAAGCAAGAGAUUGCUGCCCUUCACCUGAUCGAGGGCCUGGACACGGCUCUGAGCCGCGGGUACUUCAGCGAUCCCGAACUGAAUCACAGCAGUCGUGGCAAGGCGACCACAGCGGUGGGUGGUCUCUAUGCCGCACCCUCACCGCUGCUGGCCACCAAUGCCAGCACCAGUCAGGCGGCAGGUGAGAAGCGUUCCAAGUCAGAGACCAAAAAGCCCGCCGAGGCAGCAGCACAACCGGCAGCUAAGAAGCCACGCAAGCAGGCUGCAAGUACCAAGGCCAAAAGCAAAGGCAAAAAGGCCACAGGAGCGGCAGGGACAACAGCAACAGUGGUGCCUUCAACUGCAACUGUAGGAGAGGCAGGAGAAACCAUGCCUCCCCAAGAGACCAACAACAACGAGUACCAGACAACAGAUUUGCAGGUGCAAAAGUUUGGUGAAACCUCAGGUGCCGCUGCAUCAGCAACCUCUCAGCAGCAGCAACAACAUUCCGAUGAGCAGCAGGACUUGUUCCUGGCACCGUCAACAUCUGUUGCUCCGCCAGUGACCAAUCCUCCGCCCACACGCCAAGGUCAGGCCACAACACACACAAAACGUGCCCGAUCGCGUUGCAAGUUUGGCAAUCGUAAGCGGCAGAAGCAACGACCCGGAGGCGUUAGUAACGAACUGGAUGAGACACAGCCACCGGCAACGAGGGCCAAUGUGGUGCCCAAGUGGAAUAAUGGUUGGAUGUGGUCAGGGACGGCCUUCCAGGGUGCCGUGUUCCUCAAUAGCGAUGAUCCUUUGGUGCUGCGCACCUGCUAUCCAGCCAUGCGUCAUGUGGAGGGCGAUAUUAUACGCACCCGCGACUGUGUACUGCUCAAGGCUAAUGAGGAUAAUGAGCUGCCGUAUGUGGCCAAGGUGGCACAUCUCUGGCAGAAUCCCGAAGAUGGUGAAAUGAUGAUGUCUUUGCUGUGGUACUAUCGUCCAGAGCACACAGACCGUGGACGUCAGCGUAAUGAUUGUCCCGAUGAGGUAUAUGCCUCACGUCAUCGCGAUCACAACUCGGUGGCCUGCAUCGAGGACAAGUGCUAUGUGCUCACCUUUAGCGAAUACUGCAGAUAUCGUCGUCGCCUACGUGCCGCCGAGGAGGAUGUGGAGGACACUAGCAUUGUGCCACGCCGCCCGAGCAGCGGUCAAUGCCAUUCGGUGCGAACGGUGCCAGAUAAUACUAAUCCGGAACUGGUAAUGUUCUGUCGACGAGCCUACGACUUCCGGACACGACGCCUGCUCAAGUUGCCCCACAAGAACGGGCUCGCGAGCAACUCCAGCUAGCGCAAGGCCUGAACCACGCUCGAACCGGAUGUUGGAUGGAGUGUUAUAGGGACAUUAGCUUAAAAGGAAGUGGAGCAAAAGAGAAGAUGAGCCCUGACAGAGAAGUAAUGGGGGAAAUAACAUUGUUUUGAUCAGUCUACAGUCUACAAAUAUUGUUAAAGAUACAUAAUUUUUUUUUUGUUUUUUUGACGGGGUCUUUAUUGUUAAGAGAUGAAGAUGAGAGAGAGAGAGAGAGGAAAAAGGACACUGGUCAUUCGUUGUUCCUAAACAAAAUUUCGAUUGCGACCGGUGACCAAUGUUUCCUUACCCAAACAAAAAAAAAAAAAA